UGCCGGAACUGCGACUACCAGCAGGAGGCCGACAACAGCUGCAUCUACGUCAACAAGAUCACCCACGAGGUGGAUGAACUGACCCAGAUCAUCGCCGACGUCUCCCAGGACCCCACGCUGCCCCGCACCGAGGACCACCCCUGCCAGAAGUGA